CUUCCUGUUAGUUUGCAUAUCGUUGUUAGGACUGUGAGUCCUUGGGGCAAUUGUCAUUUGCUUCAUCUUAUAAUGAGACGGUGAUUAUAUUACCAUCACCUCUCAGCUUGUACGGCGCGUGAUCUCGGACUCUCUAUAUUUACUCUCCAGCCGUCAAAGUGUCGUACAUACUGGGGCGCAGUCCGCUUCGGCGGACAGUCUGCGAAUUAUGUCUUGUUAAAAGACGUAGUUCGCACCCCAAAUCAUAUGGUCGAUUCGUAUCGACCUGGAUGCAAAACGCCGAAGAAGCGUCGAAAGACAGUGGAAAGCGCCGACUAUCUGGACGCAUACAUAUCCUAGGCCUUGGGAAUGUAGGCACAUUUGUUGCCCACUCUCUCGCAAGUCGUCCGUCACCUCCGCCUGUCACUCUACUCUUGCAUAACCCCAAUCUGUACAAGUCAUGGCUGGGGAGAAAAAAGUGCUUAGCAAUCAACUCGAAUGGAUUGGACGAUAUCAAGACGGGUUUCGAUGUCAACGUCCUGAAUGGCAAAGCAUGGCAUGCAUUCCCAUACUGGGAUAAAAACGGCAAGACCGGGGAAGCCAUGGCUCAGGCCGAUGAGGGCGAUGUUGAAGGCUCCCUAACCGGGUCUGUCCAAGAUGAGGAGCGCAUUGAAUGCUUGGUCGUCAGUGUCAAGGCGCCGGUGACGGCUAUGGCUUUGGAGUCCGUCAAGCAUCGCCUGACACCCGACUCCACAGUUCUACUACUUCAAAACGGCAUGGGCGUCAUUGAUGAGCUCAACGAGAAGGUCUUCCCUGAUCCCCGCAAACGCCCGAACUACAUGCAAGGCAUUGUCUCGCACGGGCUGGCCCGCAGAAAAGAAACAUUUCAGGUCGCCCAUACGGGCAUCGGCACGACCAUUCUCGGACCGGCCCUGCCCUCGAACUCGACAACUCCGCUUAGCGAAAACGAGGAUGACUGGGCUGCAAGCACGAAGUACCUUUUGCGGACCAUGACUCUCACUCCGCCACUGGUUGCUGUCGCGGAGGCUCCGUCCGCUCUUAUGCUCUACCAGCUCGAGAAGCUGGCGAUGAACGCCGUCAUUAACCCGCUAACGGCUGUGAUGAAUUGCGAAAACGGCGAGCUCCUCUACAACUACAGCUUCACUCGCGUGACGCGAUUGCUCCUUCAUGAGAUUUCGAGCGUGAUCUGCGCCCUUCCCGAACUACAGGGAAUCCCAGGCAUUGAGAGCCGAUUCUCCCCAGAACGACUACGCUGGAUGGUCACGCAGCUUGCCAGCAAAACAGCGAAGAACCACAGCUCCAUGCUGCAGGACGUACGAGCCGGCAAGACGACCGAGAUCGAAUAUCUGAACGGCUACAUCGUGCGCAGAGGCGAAGAACUCGGUAUCAAGUGCGUGGUGAACUACAUGAUGAAGCACCUGGUUUUGAGCAAGCAGCACACGUCGAAGCAACGAGAUGCCAGCGCCAUCCCGAUCGACAUUCUGUAGACUUUCCAGAAUGGAUGCCUGUACUUAUAUUUGAACCGAUUGAUACUACUAGUUAAUAUACCCCUUCCUUAUUCUAUACACAUCUCCAUCCCCAGAUAGAAAUGAUAUCAUGUCAUGAAGACACCCGAUCAAUCGCCUCCUCACAAAGCGCCCUAAUCUGCCUCCACCUCUUCAACAACAUCCUAACCACGCCCUGAUCUUCCGUCUGUGC